GGAAGGCAGAACAACGAUGGAUUGUGCACUGUUGGGAGAUUUGUGCGUGAACUAAUACUACAACUUUUUGAAGCUGCUUGAAAUAGAAGCUGCUUUCAAAAUGGUAUUCUAGUUCCGAAAGUACCACACGCCCCAACAAACUUCAAAAAGUUGUACUCCACCAGAAGCAUUCCGCCAUGGAAAGUGUGGUUGACGAACUUUCCCUUCUAGAGAAGAAGAAUGAGUUGUGGCGGAAGGACUAUGACGAACGAGUGAAACGUAUGGAGCUUCACUACGAGCAAGACAUGGCCAAAAUCGACGAGGAGUUCAGAAAAGCUGUACGCAAAAUGGAAUUGGAAUUCAGCGCUAGGAAAGAAGCAGUGAUACGGCAAUAUAGUGGGAAUGCGGUCAGCAAAGGAAAGGUAAUAAAACCGAUUCCACAAAGUGACGACGCCCAGCCGCAAAAAGACUGCACUAGUGUAUCGAUUCCAGUAGGCUCUUCCGAACAAACCUCGCAAGCAAUGUUCUUGCUCAAAUCAGCUGUUUCACAAAACAUCGUCAUCGGUGAUCGGUCUCUCCAAAAGAAAGGAGAAAUCAUCAAAACAACACCAGCUGAUUCGUCAUCAGCGUACAAGCAGGGACAAAACACAAUGCCCUUUGCAACUAGAGUGAUACGGGUAGCCUGUCGAAAGCCACAUCCAACGAUGAAAGAGCAACACCGCUACCGCCGCCGCCGUCGUCGCCGCCACCGCCGCUGGAAGCAAGGCAAUCGUCAUCAGUCUAAAACGUUGCUGUUCGAUCCCGGUGGGUAUUGUACUGUAGCUAGCAGUGGAACGAGUCAACUCGACUUGCGCGUAUGUUCCACAAUUCACAUCCACGAUGGUAUGGUGCUGCCAUCUUCAGAAGGUUCAUGGCUUGUGUGCAACGUUUCCAAAUUUAUUUCGAAGUUUCGGAUAAAAAUUGUGCAGCAGAUGGGCUUCAGUUUGUUACCAGUUCCACGGGGGGGAAUGUUGCGAACAGUUCCUAUUCGUUAG